GUUCAUUUAGGUGACCCUGAAGUAGGAAAAUCCAGCAUAUUUUUACGGUACACAAAGAAUCAGUUUGACUACAGUUAUCAGCCCAGUGUGUCUGUAAGCAUUGGAAAUGUGGUGAAACAUGUCAAUAUUCCAUAUGAAACUAUAGUAUCUGUGGCAUUAUGGGAUCUACCUGGCCGGGAGGAAAUGGACUUGAGAAGGAGUUACUACAAAGAUGUGGAUGCUGCCAUAGGUGAGAAUUAUAGUUCAAAGAGGGCAGUUGGCAAUUUUGGCUUGGGUUCAAAUCCUGGUGUUGAAGCCAUAUGUGGGUUGAGUUUGCUAUUGGUUCUCUCUCUUACUCCGAGAGGUCGUUCUCUGGUUACUCCAGUUUUCCCCUCUCCUCUAAAACCAACAUUUCCAAUUUCCAAGUUUGGCCAGGAAUGGUACAUGAAGAACCACUUUGUGGAUGUGCUACCUCUAAAUCAUCAUCAUUGUCAAGUUGAUGUUGUUCAAAAUCUCUAAGUUGUAACUGUUCAUCAGAUGCCUAAAAUGUGUGCAAUUCCAAAUGUUGGUUUUAGCUCCAUUAGGGAUGAGCUACUGUAAGGAAAAACUAAGCAGGCUUAAUACUAUUUGUUAUUUGUCUUAUUAGUGAUAAGCUGGCUUUUUAUUUAAUGCACCUUCAGAAUUAGCCCACAUGUUUCAAUUGUUUUCCAGUGCAAACUGAGGCAUUUAACAUUGGUAAGCUCUUUUUCCUGCUGGCGAAAUUCACUUGCAGCCAUCUGUAAUAGCUACCUGUACCUUCCUGGAAGUUAUGUUGUGAUUCAAUUUUUUUUCCUCAAUCCUAGUUUGAAUCUAUCAUGGCUGGUUACAUUUUGCAUAUAUCCAAAACCAAAAAGCAAAAUUAUGUAGCCUUAAUCUGAGAAACAGCCAACAGACAGACCAAUGAAUAGUAUUUUUUACAGCAAUUAUUUAUUGUAUGUAGGCGAUUUUAUUAGCUUUUUUUUAUGGAUCACAUAAAACAUAGCUUUACAUGUAUUAUCAUGAUAUUUAUUUGUUUUCAUUUGUAAAGUUUUAUCUGGCCACAAUAUUAAUAUUCAACUCCUAGCUGUAAUUUCAAAGAUAUACUCCACUGUAUCUAUCCAUCUACAUUGUACAUGUACCUAGAGCGAAGAAAGUAGCACUUGAAUGAUAACCGGAGGCUACAUGUAGUAGAUUUUCAAUCAUGCUUGCUACAUGUAAUGGACUCUGUUCUUUACUUACCUGACACACAUUUUUAUUGACAUUAUUUUCCUCAGUUGUGGUUGAUAUGGAUGAUAUUGACUCUGUAACCAUGGCAGGUACUUGGAAGCAGGAUAUUGUUAACAAUGCUGUGUUCACAGACAGUUCUGGGAAUCCAAAGGAGAUCACGGUUGAAUCUAAUAAAUUCAUACCAAUUUUGCUAUUGGGAAACAAGGUUGACAAGGUAAGCUUAAUGAUAAAAACAGAUAUUUUACAAACAUUUGUAAUGGUGGUGCAGGGCAAGUUUGUGCCCCCCAUCAUACAAAGGUCUCUAAAAUUUUGCGACUUGCCAGAGCUAUUAUUAUCUUCCAUUAAUUUCUCUUAAACUUGGCACGUUUAUUUAUUUUAAGGCCAUUUUUAAUUUUUAAUUAUUAUAUUAUUGGAGUGUCCAUUGAAUUUCACUUUCUAAUCCUUGCCAAAAGUUAAAACAUUCAUUGUGCCUUUUCAAAGUUUAAUGUAAAUUAUUAAGUGCUUAGUUUUUGUGCUUACCUUACUAUGCUGAUUUUGAUAUUAUAAAAUUGCACAACAUAACAUACACCUUUAAAAUUUUGUGUUUCAUAUUUAAAUAAUAUAUUGAGUUUAAUUCUCAGUUCUCUUACAAAAAUGUAGUUUGAAAACUGGGUGUCUAAUAUAAAGAAAGAAUUAAUUUCGUUCAAUACUCAAAAAGGAAUAUUGUUUUUGUUUUUGUAUUUAUUGUAUUUAUUAUUGUUUUUACCAGCUGAAAUAUCAAAAGACAGAGGAUGAAACAAAUGAAUUGGAAGAUAUGACAAACUUAGAGACAGUGAGGGUGUUAGAGGGUGUUGCAUUACAACAUGGAUUUGUAGGAAGGUUAGUUAAGACAGUAAUAAUAAAUUAUUAGUAAAAUCCAACUAGUGGUCCAUUAACAAUGCUGUUUUCUGAUUGGCUGGGCUACUACUAGGCUAUAUGUUGUAGCCCUCUAGUGAAAAGGUAAUUUACCACUAAAGAAAACCUUGAAAGACAUCUGAAACCUUUGAUCGCAGUAUCUGGGCAGCCAUUUUGAUUUCAGAGACAAGAAGUGUGGUCAGCAGUGUAAUGGCAUCAUGUAAUUAUCUUAAACUUAGUGUCCUUUUUGAUAAUCGGACAAAUUUAACUAUUUUGUUUUAAAAUAGAUGUUUUAUUAUUCCUUUACAUUCAAAUUGCCUGUUAAACAACAUUAAAGUGGUUUUUCUCCUUUGAAACCUGGUAAAACAAUGUAAAUUAGCCCUGAAAAAAUGAUUCGCAUAAUUUCUUGCAUAAUAGUCCUAUCUUAUCGCACAAUCUACCCUGGAAAUAUCUCAUAAUUUCUGAUUUUUAUCAUACCCUAUCAAAUGGCCUAUAAAGUUGUUUUGUCUCGAUAUUUUUGAACAACUAGUUGGAUUUUACUAAAACAAUAUUAUUCCUCUCGCCCUCUAGCCUGUGUAGCAACCGUUUCUGUGCAGUUUAGGAGCAAAGAACGAGGAACAAGAGUCAACAUGUACACACGAUCAAUACUGAAAAUCCCCUUCCAUGGUCUUUCUUUGCAUCGAAACCAAACAGAAACGCUUGCUAUGCAGGCUACUCACCCUCAUAGCCUCUGAGUCAAUAGCCCCUUCGGCCUCAUGGGCUAUUGACUCAGAGCCCAAUAUUUGGGCUUGAGGAAUAACUUUUAAAUAAUAUCAUUUUUGGCACAGGUCAUUUCAUUUUCUUCAGUGUACAUGUAUGUGUUUUUAAUAAUGUUAUUAAUGUCAGGGGCUGCACACCCUGUACAGGUCAUGGAAAACCUGGAAAUUUACGAAUUUCAUUCCAGGCCUGGAAGGUCAUGGAAUUUAAUUGUCAGUCCUUGAAUAUUUUCAUGGAAAAUUAAAGUUGUGUUAGAUAAAUUCCUGCAGACUGUUGCAGCAAGGACAAUUUUAGAUAGAUGCAAUAGUAAUUAAACAGCACAAAUGUGCGCUUGUUUUUGUGGACACCAGAGUUUGCGUAUGUUUAGCCUUUAGGCUUACUUGUGUGAGUUCCGGGAAAAUUUAGGCCCGCACAAAAGUCACUUUUCCUGAUAUGCUCAUGGUUGCACUGCCAAAAUUUUCCCAACCUCGCACAAGUGAGCCGCUGGCAUGCUAGUGUCUGGUUGAACUGGCUUAGGUUAAAACAAUGAAAGUUUUGAAAAUUAAUUUUUCAUUAGUCACAGCUACAUGUAAACUUAAGGUCUUGAAAAAUUUUGAAAGGUCACGGAAAAAGUCAUGGAAAGUCAUAGAAAAUGAAGAGUCUCAAAAGAGAACAAACACUGACUUCAUGUAUAUGUGACAAAAAGCACCUUCUCUGAUUGUGUUUUAGUGUAACAGUAUCAGCCAAAGAGAGUGAUAAUAGCGUACAUGCUGCAAUCCAGUCCCUCGUACGGCACUUACUUCAGCAGAAGAUGAAAAAGGCCAGGCAGUCUUCGAAAGGAGGCAUGUUCUCUAAAAACGAAGAGAUUGAAGAGAAGAACUAUGUUACGAUAAGCCCUCUGGAAAUUUCAGAGCAAAAGGAAUUCAUACCUCUUAUUGUCACAAAAGUUCCUGAGGUACUGUACCAGUCAUAAAAAUAUGUACAUGUAUUGUUGCGGUAUGGUUACAUCUACUCUAACCUUAAAUUUUUGGUUUCUUAAUACUUAGAAUUACCAAAAGGAAGGUAUUUUUCCUCUUUCUGUCCAAAUCUCUCCUCCUUUUUACCGUUAAUUUGCAUAAUUAAUUAUUUUUACUUUAUCGCUCUCCACGCGACGCUCUGAGGAAAGAAGACAACCGUUCGCGGUCUGGUACAAUCAAACCUCUUUAAUAUGGACACCAAAGGGACAGAACCAAGUAUCCGCUUUACAGAGGUGUCCAUAUUAUAGAGGUAGGGAAUGUAUGAUUUUUGGCAUUUCUGGGACCAAACGAACUGUCCGUAAUGGACAGGUGUCCGUAUUACAGAGGUGUAGUAAGGAGAGGUUAGACUGUAUUUAUGAAGACUGUAAUACAAUAUAAAUGGACUAUUAUACUGUAGCUUAUGGAUUUCUGUUCCAGGAAAUGCUCUAGUUAUAAACUGUUUUCUGAUCAUCACAUUCACUCUCAUUUGUAUGCAUGUGCAUGUAAAAUGAACUGAAUGGAGCGAAAAGGAAUACAUUUUUUUUAUCAACAACUAAAUCCAUUUCUCAUUCUGAAGAUUCCAGAUAGCUUAUGUUCCACUGUAGAUGGACUUACACUGUUAUUUGACUUGUUACGUCUCAUUUGAAACUCCCUGAUGAGUAAUCGUACUAUCAUAAGAAAAUUCUAGAAAACCUUUUGUCGCUAUACCGAAAUUAAUUUUCUGAAGACCUUUUGGCAAUGGCAAAAUAAUGGCAAAAUCUUGGUAAAAGAUUUUAGGUAAGACAAGUUACAGUCAAACCCCGCUUUACAGACACCUCAUUAUUACGGACAGUUUGCUUUUUCCCUGGGGGAAAAAAGCCCUUACAUUUUCUCUCAAUUCAACCCGCUUGUUACGGAGACCCGGCGUUAGUACGGAUACUUUCUUCCAGUUUCUGUAUUAACGGAAUUUGAAUGUACUAGAAAUAUUUCAAAUAUCUAAGACCAAGAGCCAUAAUGGGACAGGUCCCAUUUGAUUAUAAGACAAAUGGUAAGGUUAUCGAAAAAUUUUUAACCUUUCUCGAACUUUAAACUUUGCUCCUUUGAACAGUGUUACUUUACAGUCGUUCGGUGCCCCCUGGUUUGUUGAAGCAACUCGAUCUGUUUCAAAAGUCUUGUGAUUUUGUUUUGCCUUCCAGUUUGAUGUUUUCUUUUCGGAAUGUAAUGCUCUCAUAAAAACAGUCCAGGAAACAAGUACCGAAUUACUUGAUGCUAUGAAUAAUUUCAAGAGGGCAUGCAGUAUAGCUGGUGUAACGGGCAGCGCAAAGGCUUCACUCGAGGAAUGCAUUGAUGGAUUAAAGCAGCUCAUAAGAACAGAUGAUGAUGAAGAUGGACUUGAGGUUUGUAACUUACCCGAAAGUAAAGACAUUAAAGGGGCCGUGUCACGGCUAGUUAAAUAUUGA